AUGACUGGUAUGGACACCGCAAUACGUAGAAAAGAAACGUAUUUCACGAUAACGCGUUUAGAUCCGGGGGUUAGUGAAAAAAGCCUAAAAAAAUCCAUAAGAAGCUACACGGGCAUCCCAGAGGAGGAAGUUGAUGUAAGAUUCCUUAGAACAAAUAAAUAUGGGGAGCAAGUAGCCACAAUAACCGUACGACCCUCCAAAGCAGAGGAGUUGAGGAAGUACGGCUCGAUAAAGGAAAAUACAUCUGACAACAAAGAAUAUCAUACUUAUGUUGGAGAGAGUAAGCCAGAUACAAUCCAAUCAAUAAAACGAAGUAGAUAUGAUACUGAUGAACUAUUGAAAAAUACUCUCCAUGAGAAAGUGAACAUUGCAUUGAGUUUAAAUGCAGAAAAUGUUGGGGAGAGUAAUAAAGACGGGAGCCAAUCAAUGAAACUAACUCUAUCUGAUGCCGUAGAAGCUAAUGUUACUGAUCAUGAGUCAACUUCCGAAAAAGUAACAAUUUCCAACAGAUUUAGGUCGAGAAGUUCAUCGACUUCAAGCUCAUCUUCAAGUUUUUAUUCGACAUAUAGUAGUUCCAGCUCUUCCUCGUCGUGCUCUUCUUUAAUUAAUGAGCCAAGUACUAGUAAACAACAUACAAUGGUUAAGCCCAACUAUCAAAUAUCACUAAUUAAUACAGACGAAAGUGAUGCAGACCUCAGCGACUUUGAUCUCACGUUUCAGUUGGAUAAUAAUAAAAACAAGGUUGCUUCAUCGUCUGAGUCAUGUGCUUCUGAUUCCUUAUUACAUUCUUCUAAUAGUGAACUGAUCAAAAAAACUAGAAAACGUUUGAGAAAUACAUCAACCUGGAAACAAAAUGUCAUAAGCAAGUUGAGGAAUACUUGA